AUGUAUUUAGCCUUGGCGCUCGCCAUUACCCUGGCCUCCUUAACACAGUCUGCUAACAGAGCCAAAGUGGUGUGGUUCAGUUUGACAAGCUUUAUCACAUGGUUCUGCCAAACUGCAAAGCUAAGGGGACAGACAGAUAGGCCGACUGUCCCGUACUUCAGCAGCUGCACAAGACCGGACUUCUCCACCAGUCCCCACCGCCCGCAGCCUCCCGGCCAGACCCGCACGCAGCCUGGGAAAGGUGAGCGGCUACUGAGCGCGCCGCGCCGUGGGGCGGGGCUGGCUCCGCGGGGCUCCGCCCAUGCGCGCACCGACCGGCCCCGCCCCCCAAUUCGGCGCCUGCGCGUCCCGCGGGCGGGGCGGGUUUGUUGGCUUCUGGUUGCUAGGGCCCAUCUCCUUGGCCUCUGGCUGCAACUUGCCGGGAGGUUGGGGAUCGGGGUCGGGGUGGGGAUGGGCUGUGAAAAACAGUGCUUAUUGUUAGUUGAAAUGCAAAAACACCCACAACUUCUUCGAAGACCUUUACCUCCAGCACUCCCUAGGCUGUCUUUAUGUAAGAAGAAAGUCCGUGCAGCCAAGACUGUUGAAACUAAGCCACCACGUGUAAGGUUCACUCAAGAUGAAACCACUUCAGCUGAAAGAGAUAAAACUAGUUUUCCUGAUGUUUCAACAAAUCAACUACAAACCCAAAUCAAUAUCCAAAAUCUCUUUCUUGAUGAUUUUGUACAAAAAACAGUGACUACUAUUUCAACACCCAAACUCUCUUCUAAGAAAGCCUAUUGGCACCGUGCAAAGACUGCUAUCAGUUCUAUAAUUUUUCCAAGUUCUCAUUCAGUUUCACCUCAAGUUUUGGGGAAAGAAACAAGCCAACAACCUCUGUUAGAUUUAAAAACAGCAGUGCCAAGCCCUCUACCAAGAGUUACACCUCUUAAAGUGGAAGGACAGUCGUCUGAACGUUCACAACAAACUACUGCAAUGGUACUAAAUGUCACUCCUUUUUCAGGUUCUUUUUCCACGCCAAGGCCACUUUUACCAAGGAAACCUCGAAGACAGUCAGUGAUAGAAACUCUUGCAACAGAAUCUGAAAAUGUAGAAAGUGUCUCACAGCAAAAACCACCAAGCCCAACUGAAGGCAAAACAAAAAUAGAUGCUCAAAAAUCAGAGGGAUAUGUUGUAUAUGGUGAAGCCUUUAAGACUAUUGUGGCAACACAAUAUGAAACAUUAACAGCCGUGACCAACCUGGCCAUAUCAAACUGUCAAAUGUUUGGAAGAAAUGCACUUAAUCUUAAGGGUUUUUUUCUCCUGAAUUGUCCAGACUUAAGACCUUUGGCUUUCCAAUUGGUAUAUCUUAACUUAUCAUUUAAUGAUAUCAGUUCCUUUCCCACAGAAGUAUUUUGUCUUCAAAAUUUACAAGUACUGAACCUGAGAAAUAAUCCUAUCAAAGAAAUCCCUUCUGAAAUUCAACAACUUAAGUAUCUCAGAAUUUUCAUCAUUGCCUUUAAUUUGAUUACUACUCUUCCACAUGGGUUAUUUUACUUGUUCCAUCUUGAGAAACUUGAUGUUUCCUACAAUGAUCUUACUUUUAUUCCAAAUGAGAUCCAGAAACUCAGAUCACUUGAAAAACUGAUUGUUGAUGGGAAUGACCUGACUAGUUUUCCACCUGGAAUUUUGAAGCUUAACCUGAAACAAAUCAUGUUUGAGAAUACUUACACUCAUCCUAUUCUUUGGAAAGAGAACUCUUUGAACAGUCCUCCACAUCUUACUCAGAUUGCUUCUUUGUUCUUUUUAAAAAAUAAUCUACAGAAAAACUAUCAUAUGAUCCCACUGAAAAUUCAAAGGUUGCUAAAAUGGACAUCCAGAUGUGAUUGGUGCUGUGGUCCCAAAUUUGGUGAAGGUUUUUGUGUCAUCCGAUCCUUCGAUAUUUUUGGAGUAACACACCUACCUGUUAUGUUUCAUGUCUGUUCUUCCUCUUGCUAUAGAAAAGCAAAGGAAAGCAAUUUGGCUUUAGAUGGCACUUCUGGGAAAAGAACACGUCUAAAUUCCGAGUAG